GCCUGUUGUUCUUCAGGUUAGAGAUAAAGCCUCCAAUAAAAUAGGAACAGUUUUGCCCGAAUAAAGAGGCAAACUCUUAAUGAGUUGACUUGCAGUCUUGAAGGAUAAAUUUAUAGAUGAAUAAGGCAAGCUAAGGUUAUUCUCUUUGCAACACUGAAGAUUUGAUGUUUUUAGGGAACUAAAAAUACCAUGGCUGUGGGAAACCUCGGAGAAGGACAGGGAACUUCGUAAUAUGCUGUUGGAAUUAAACUGGACCACAGUGAAUACUGACUACAGAAUAUUGAUAAUUUGAAUAGCUUAAGUGUUGAACACAGAACAGUGGGAUUUUGCACCUACCCUAAAAUGAAACAUCUGUGACCUGUUAUUGGUGAGGUUAUCACAAAGGCUAAGUACCUCCCACCUAAAAGUAAUAGGAACUAAAGUUUACUUUAAUGGGUGUGAUGCAGUGGUAGAGUUGUGACUGAUAUUUGGUUACUAUCUGGUUCUUCCACUGACUUCAAUUUAGUUAAUGGUAACUGAGUGACUCGAGACAUUCUUUAUGCCUAAGUUGUUAACACCUAUAAAAUGAAAAUGACCGUUUCUACCUUGUGGGAAUUAUUAUAAAUAAUGUAGCAUAUAUGUAUGCAGCAAAUAUUGGCAGUUUUUAUCCCUUCUCCAUGUUUACAGAUAUUUCUCAUAUAUACACACACAUGCACAUAGAUAUGUGUAUAUAUGUUUAUAUAUACAUAUAUUUGUUUAUACAUAUAUGUUUAUAUAUACAUUAUAUAUAAUACAUAUAUAUAUAUGCAUGUGUGUGUAUAUAUUCUCAGAUGCCUAUUUCCCACUUACUCUUUCUAGAGCACCAGAUCCAUGUAUCUAGCUGCCUCCUGUGUAUCUCCCUUUAUUUUUUUUCUUUUUGUCACGAUGGGUCUUGCGGUGUUGCACAGGCUGGUCUCGAAUUCCUGGACUCAAGCAGUCUUCCUGUCUUGGCCUCCCAAAGUGCUAGGAUUAUAGGUGUGAGCCACUACGCCUGGCCUGUAUCUCCCUUCACAUGUCAGACAGCCAAUUUUAGUGUAUUUAAAUUCUUCCUAAAUCCUCUAUUCACCAAACCUGUAUCUCAUGUUGUAUUUCAUAUUGAUAAACAUCAUUAUCAGUACUUGAUAAUCCUCUUAGAUUUCCUUUUUGUGAACACUACCACUGCUUUGAUUUGUGGGCUAGGAUAUUGUAGUUUCUUCCUAAAUGGUCAUUUGGCAUUUAGUAGGAUUUCAGUAAUAUUUGCUAAAUGAAUUUUUUUCACCAAGCAUUGAUCACUUCAUCACUGAUGCUAGAAUGCUCUUAACUAACGAGCAUUUCAUUUCAUGUUAUUUCUUUGUUUAAACCCUUUCAGUGCCUUUUCAUGGCUUUCAGAAUUAAACUACAAUCCUUAUGCAUAUAGUAAAAAGUUCAGGGGUUUUUUCCAGGACUCACACUACCCUCACCUCCCAAUUCUAACCUACUUAGGUGCACAGAACCUAUACACUAGCUAAGUUAACUAUGCUGAACUACUAAUAGGCUUUCAUCUUAGUACAAGUUUCUUAUACCUGGGAUACCCUACACAUACCCCACUACCAUUUCUUUUUUCAUUUAGCUUUCAUGACUCAAUUCAGAACACUAGGAUGCCAUCCCUGAUGCCUCUUCCCUUUCAAUGGGAAUUGGGUGAAACUCCUAAAAGUUUCUUCUUCCCCAGUAUCCCUCUCCCUUAGCAUAGUGUUUGUCGUCAUAGCAAGCACUCAAAUGUUUGAUGAGGGUCAAUUAAUAUCUGUUACCUUUCUCAAAGAGGUUUUGAUCAGUUGUAUUUUUUCCUCAUUACUGAUAGAAUAAAUGUUCUUCGCUGGAAAGCAUUCUUUGAUUGUGAAAGGAGUUUUUAUUGUGAAAUUAAAGCUUUGUAAGACCAUUGUAGGAGAAACUUUUCUUUUUUCUUUUUAAAUAUUUAUUUUAGAGACAGGGUCUCACUAUGUUGGCCAGGCUGGUCUUAAACUCCUAACCUUAAGUGAUCCUCCUCCAGCCUCCCAAAGUGCGGGGAUUAUAGGCGUGAACCACCAUGCCCAGCUUUUUUCUGUUUCUUAAGUCCAAGAAGGCCAUUUCUUCAUAAGCUGAAAAAACUUUGAAGUUAUCUGUCCAGCCAUCCUUCAAUAGAGGGUAGAACAUGUAAAUAAACCUUAUUGUCCUCAAUUUUCUACUUAAAGUAUGCCAACUUAUAUUUUAUUACACACAACUAAGAUAGGUUGAGAAAGAGCAGCCUCACUGGCAUACAUUUUGAAAUUAGAUUAUUUGUAUAUCACCAAGGACAGAAGCACAAAAAAUUACUAUGCUGGAAAUAAGACUUGGGGUCAACUAUUGGCUUUCUUCCUAACAUGCUGUGUGAUCCUCUGCAAAAAUAUUAACCUAAGGAACUUCACUAUGGAUUGGUAAAUUGAGUUCCCUAUAAAUGUAUGAUCCUGAAGUAAGUGCAUUGGGGUGCAUCAUUGGCAAAAUAAGCACCAAAUCAAAAAGUAAUUUACCUAACUUGGAGGAGCAGAUGAUAGAGUUCAAAAUGUUUUGUUAGGUUAAAAUACUACCAACAGGCAUAUCAUGUACUAGGUAGAACCGAAUUUUAUAAGUAUAGUUAAAAAGCUUUCAAACAAGAAAAUAUAAAAUACAUUAUUGCUUGAUAACUAGACCAGUAGAUUUUUACUGAUAAAUUGUUUGGACAUUUAUUUUGGCUUAUAUACAUAACACUAACUGUAAAUGAGCUAUUUCUGUGAAAACACCUAAAAGUCAAAACUAAAAUGGAAGUGUUCAGUUUGGAUGAAGCAAAUCCAGUUAAUUAUGGUCUAUCCUCGUAUUAACUCUUAGUGACACUGUUACCUCUAAUCUAGCUGUUGACUGUGAACCUGUCAAAAAUGUUGCUUUUUCAGCAAUUAUUUCCAUGUAUCAGAAUUCUGAUCAGGGAAAACAAAUUAUCUGUAUUCUUAUAAUUUGAAUAAUGUAUUAGAGCCUAAGAAUUUUAAUGUGGUAUCAGCAACUGUGACACAAGAUUGUGUUGCCCUAUAUCACACUCACAAUUAUGUCUCCUGUUCCUUAUUAUUGAUUCCUUAGAAUCACAAAAAGGGAAAGGUUAAGGAGAAUGUAGUUAAUUCUACCAGAAGAAACUACCUCAGUAUUCUCAGGCUGCACCCAUAGUACCUGUGGCACUAAAAUCUUAGGAUAGAAGAGCGCUAAGAAGGAAGAAAGAAUAAUAAAAAUAAUGUUUUGUGUUUUUUCCUCAUAUUAGUGAUAAUGAAAAUGUGUUUAAAUUCAGGCCUCCCAUAAAGUAUUGCGUAUCAUAAAGUCUAAGGCAGGUACCUGACCGUGAAAAACUACAUUUUGAAGCACUGAUGACUGAUAAGAGAGACACAAAAUGUUUAACCUGUAAUUUUGGUGAAGCCAUUGGAAAUUAGCAAACCUACACUAUGUUUUCUCUACAUUUGGAGACUAUUCAUCUGUUAAUGUAGAUGCAAAAGAAAGUCUUAUUCAAGGACUCCAAAGACAUAUUUAACACAAUAUUAAACAUUGAACAUGCAUUUUAAGCACCACUGCAUUCUGGUAUCAUUGCUUAGUGCCCUUUUGAUUAUAUUUGCUGGGGCUAUUUGAAUCAGUAUGAUCUAUUUUUGUAAAAUCCUUAAUUUUUUUAAUUAGAGGAUAAGUUAGCACGGGCCUUUUAGAGGGUAAUUUGAGAGUAUCUGAAAAAUUAGAAUAUUCACAGUAUGAACAUUUAAACAUACUAAUGAAUUACGUUACUGCAUGCUAGGUAGUGAACUAAUGUGAGAUACCUUGAUUGAAGCAAGGAGAACAAUUCCGAUUGCUACUGUGAAGGAUAUAAAAGGGGUUGGUGUAUAAAACUACUCUUAGGACAGUAAGUAUAAGACCUUGGGGUCAGGCAAAUUGUACUUGGUAAUUGAAUUUUUAAGAGUUAAGUGCCGCGGGGCUAAGUCUGCUCCUGGAUAUGAUGAGAAGCCAGUAAAUGGCUUGGGAAAAAAAUGGUCUAAGACAGAGUUGUAGAGUUAGAGGACCUGUCAUACAAACCUUGUAAGCCAUAGAAGGGAAUUUACAUGGUAUGCGAAGAACAGUUGGAAAAUAGUAAACAGUUUGAAGUGACCUAGUUUUAAUACAAAUUGGCCACUGCUUGGAGAGUAGAUCAGAAAGAACCCUACUGGAUGGGAAGGGAAUGGUAAGAAGUCUUACUUAAGCAAAUUAAAGUUAUUACAAAUUUAUAUGAUCAAAACAGUAAAUUUUAGGGUAACUACAUGACAGACCAAUAGUGUUUUAAGAAGUUUAAAAUGUGGAAAUUCAAAAGUGGAAGUAGGUAAUUUGAGCUGUUGUGAGAUUCAUUCCUCAGUAAAUGGUAAAAGUACUAUUUAAGUAGACUCUAAUAAAUUAUGGAACCAUAUUUUAAUCUCCAUAACCACUAAGAAUAAUAAAGGUAUAACAAGUAGUGGGGAAAAAGGGAGUAAUGAAAAUGAUUAAUACAAAUUAGUUUUUUAAGAGGUAAAGAAUGACAAAACAGCAAGCCAGUUAAACUCUCGUACCUAGAGGUGGAUUAUACACCAAUUAAUCCAGAGUAUCAGACAGGGUUAAGAUAAAUUGACAAAGCCAAUUGUGUAUUUGUAAUGUGUAUUUUCAGUUUGGAAAUAAGAGAAUGGGGAAAGUAAAAGUUUGGAAUUAAACAUCCCCAUGGGUCAGCAAAUAGUGGGAUUUUUUUUGAAUGAAAAUACAAUUUAUCAGGCCAGGUGCUGUGGCUCACGCCUGUAAUCCCUGCACUUUGAGAGGCGAGGCGGAUGGAUCACGAGGUCAGGAGAUGAAGACCAUCGUGGCUAACAUGGUGAAACCCCGUCUCUACUAAAAAUACAAAAAAGCCAGGCGUGGUGGCACCCGCUGUAGUCCCAGCUACUCGGGAGGCUGAGGCAAGAGAAUCCCUUGAACCUGGGAGGCGGAGAUUUCAGUGAGCCGAGGUCGCACCAUUGCACUCCAGCCUCUGUGACAGAGCGAGACUCUGCCUCAAAAAAUAAAAAAAGAAAGAAAAAAGAAAAUACAAUUUGUCAACACCUGUGAGAUUGAGCUAAAGCAGUGCUUGGAGUUGUGUGACUUUGAAAGCCUACAUUAGAGAAAAUUAAGUCAAUUAAACUUUCAAGAAUACAGGAAAAUACUGGCAGAUCAAACGUAAUUCAGAGAAAAAAAGAGCAGAGGACUUCUGCUUCAGGCCAAGAUUUACCCUUCAACCUGUAACGAACUAGACAAAAUGUAUCAAGCAGCAUUUUUCAGUACAUUGAAUGUAAGGCUGUGGAGAAGUACCUGAGAAAGGAAAACAAGGUGAGUCCUAUUAAUGCUUCCCAGACUGGCCAGAUUUUCUCACAGCAGCCAGCCCUAUCUCACAUGUAUUAGUGUUAUAAUUUCACAUACUGUAUAAUGCUAUCCUUUGAUUAGCGUUUAGUUUGAUGGGAACUCCAAACCAUUAAAGAAAAUUCAGGCCAGCCGUGGUGGCGCCGUGCCUGUGGACCUAGCUACUCAGGAGGCUGAAAUGGGAGGAUGGCUCAAACCCGAGCGGUCAAGUGAGCCGUUAUUGUGCCACUGCACUCCAGCCUGGGCUGUAACAGAGCAAGACCCCCAUCUCUAAAACAGAAAAGAAAAAAAAAUCAUAGCAGGUGCUACAUUGGCGCUGAGAAGAAUCCACAAGCAGAGAUGCUUGUGAGAACAGUGGUGUCUUCAGCAGCAUCAGUUCCCGCAGACUCGAGUGAAUUGGGCUCCGGCAUGUGCACCACGUGGGGUCCAGAGUGCCUGGCCCCAGAACAGCCGCUGAGUGCAGGGACCCUAAGGACAGGGGUGGGGGUCUGGGUGACAAGGCCAGAGGAGUCCCUGGCACCCCUCACCCACCCCGCGGGACACCCCAGUUGACACCGUGUGCCAGCAAAGUUGGGACCUGAUGGUUUUGGGAACGUAGGUCAUUGAAAGUGGCCUGCAGCACACAGCCUGUAGGGAGCAGGCAAGGAGGGUCCUUGUCCAUCCACCUCCUGAGGCUGUCCUUCCCGUGGCCAUGCCACCUAGGCAGGAGUGCGUAGGACUUGCCUGGCUGGAACCCACCCUUGAAAACCGCCUGAGGAGGUGCCAGAGUGUGGCUGCGGGCUCCAGACCACGUCGGCUCCACCUGCCCGGAACCCAGCUGCCACUAGCGCUGGCUGGGAACACAGGCUUGCUGUCUUCUCCGGGUCUUGGGAAACCUGUACUUCUUAAGACUCAUUCAGGAUCAGCAUGUCCAUCCCAAGGACUUCUUCAGGAAAGGCACUCCCUCCCCACUAAAAGAACGUUCCUCAAAGCAAUUUGAGAAGCGCAGCCCAUCCGCCUCCAGCUGGGUGGCCGCAGACACAUCAGGCUCCCGCCUCCCUGUAUUUUCAUGCCCCACAGUGAAAAACGUGGGCAUUUCUUUCCAGUUAUGUCCUUAGCCAAAUGCGGAGCUUUUCUGCCCAGGAUGGGCAAAAUUCUAGCACUGGCAGGGGUGCAACCCAAGGGGUGGCCGGGGUUCUCACUGCCCUUGGCCAUGGGGCAGGCUGGUCUAGACAGCAGGGGGAUGUUUUCAGGGUUGGAGUUUCCCCCCACCUAGUCCUGAACCUAUUGGAUCAUGGAGCACCUGUGUUCCCAUGAGGCCAGUGUGGGCCACGCAUGACUUCAAACGGCCCUUGAGGCUUGAUUAAGUGUGCCAGUUUCAUUCCAAACAUGCUGCUCUAAAGCAUCCCUGCUGAGCCACAGGAGGAUCAGAUACUGUGAGCUUCUGGCCUGUUGAUACUCAAGAGCCAGGGCAUGCGGGGAAGACUCCAGAAGUCCUAACUCUUGCUAACCUUACAUCUGGGAUUCUUCCACCCUCAGCUGAAGAACUUGAUGAAUUUCAACUUUGAAGAGAUUCUUCUAACACUUGGCCAUUUCAACCAGGCUUUGCUAAAGUCCUCUGAAAUUGGGGGACUGAAAGCCAAUUACUUAGAUCACAGGUUGCCUGUGAAAUCUGCAAGGACCUGCUGUCAGGGCUCAUUAAACCCCAAAGUAUGGCCCCUUUGGCAUGUGGACUACUCUGACCCAGAGGAGACUGGAAGAUCUCAGAAGCCUAGUCUUUGUCCUUCCCUCCUGGUUCCUGUGCCCUUUUCUCCCACAAAGUGAGUCACAGAAACCAGAAUUUGUUUUCCCCAAGGCAGGUCAUAGAAACUAGAACUCCUCUCUCCCAAACAUAGCCAUAAAACCUAGCAAGGUCACUCUGUCCCUUCUCCCUGGAAAACCCCUCAUUCCCGAGGGGUCCUGCCCCAUACCCAGGGGAAGGGGAAUUGUACAAAGCAACCUUGUUGGGUUUCCCCACUCCGUCCAUCACUGUUAGGCCACAUUAGCGUGGGUGACAGAGUGAGACUGUCUCUUUAAAACGAACAAACAAAAUAGAAUUUCUGUGCCUACUAACUAAAAGAGAUAAUCACACGUUGUUCAAUACAACAACAGCAACAACAAAGCUGUAGGAGUACUUGCAGUAAUGAUAGAGGAAAAAAGAUGUCACAAGGAAAAAUCCUCUUUUAAUCUCAGAGGUUUAUAGUUUUAACAGGUACAUUUAAGUCUAUUAUCUAUUUUGUUUUGUGGUGUAAGGUCUAUGUUCAUUUUUAUAUCCAUACAGCUAUCUAGUUUUUCCAGCACCACUUGUUAAAAAGACUGUUCUCUUGAAUCACCUUAACACUUUUGACAAAAAUCUGUUGAAUGUCUGCAUAUGUGUACACAUAUCUAUAUCUCUAUAUGUGUAUAUAUGAUGCUCUCUAUAAUACUCUCAUUGAUCUAUAGAUCAGUGUCUUAGUUUGUUUUGUGCUACUAUAACAGUACUACAACUGGGUAAUUUAUAAAGAAUAUAAAUUUAUUUCUCAAUGUUUUGGAUGUUGGGGAUGUUCAAAAGCAAGGCGCCAUCAUCUGGUCUCUGGUGAAGGCCUUCUUGCCCUGUCCUCACAUGUCAGGAUGACAAGAAAGGGACCAAACUCCCUCUGUCAGCCCUUUUGUAAGAGCAGCUAAUCCCAUUCCCUCAAGAGAUGUCCUCAUAGCCCAACCACCUCUUAAAGGCGUCACCUCUUAAUACCAUCAUAGUAGCCAUUAAGUUUCAACACGAAUUUUGGAGAAGACACAUUCAAACCAUAGCAUGCCUAUCUUUAUGCCAGUAUCGCGCUGCCCUGCAUAUAACAAUAGUAAAAUAUAGUUAAAUUUGUAAAAACAGGUAUUUGAAUUUUAUUAAACUAUUGCAUUGGAAGGCAUUCAAAAGCAUACAGAAAUCAUAGAAGAGAAAAAAAGACCUGCAAAUGAAAGGAGUAAAAAUUAUGACUUACUGGUUUUUGGGAUCGAGGAUCCUGCCCAUUCUUCAUGACUAUGGCUAUGGGAAAUACUGGUAGAAAAAAAAAAAUCAUAGCCUUACUGGCAAAAAGUUCCAGAGACUGGAGUUAAGGCUUGAAAAGCCACUGCAAAUUUAAGUAGGAAAUCUUGGUAAUGAGAACCAGAGAAGAAAUGAGAUAGAACUACCCAAAUUCAUGUCUCACAACAAACUCUGCAUGAGUGAAGGAGACCACAUGAAGCCUGAGGAAAAAGCAAGCAAAGACCAGAUAGAAAUCUAGUCCCAGCACUUUGGGAGGUCAAAGUGGGAGGAUCAUGAGGUUAGGAAAUCGAGACCAUCCUGGCUAACAUGGUGAAACCCUGUCUCUACUAAAAAUACAAAAAAUUAGCCAGGCGUGGUGGUGGGCGCCUGUAGUCCCAGCUACUUGGGAGGCUGAGGCAGGAGAAUGGCGAGAAUCUGGGAAGCGGCGCUUGCAGUGAGCCAAGAUUGCACCACUGCAUCCAACCUGGAUGACAGAGUGAGACUCCGUCUAAAAAAACAAAAAACAAAAAACAAAAACCAUUAUUCAAGAAUACAUCUACUUUGAUUACUUUGAUGCUUUACUUAAGGGGAUGUAUUCCUCCCUGUGCUGUGUGUACUUUGGGUGGGAGAAAGCUGAAGCUUCAGAAACUUUAAAUGUCAGGGAAUAGCCCUAAGCUGGCAGAGUAGCUGCAAAUAGGAGGAGAAUCCCUAGAAUCAAGGAACCCACACAGAAGGUGAUCUCCAUUGCUAACUGACCAGCAAAUUACACAGGCAUAGGGAAAUCAAUCUCUAGGAAGCCAAGCUAAAAGAGCAUGGAAAACCAUGAGAAUGAAGCAGAGAUACCAAGAGCAGCAUGCCCCAUGGGAGGCAAUAUUGGCAGUUUGAAUCCGGACAAGUUAACUGUCAAACAGAACAAACAAACAUAAAAUAGAUAAUACUCAGGGAAAAAAACCCGGUAGACUCUAGAGUCAUUACAAUAUAUUACAAUGUCCAGUUUUCAAUUAAAAAAAAAACAGGCAUGUAAAGAAUAGGAAGAAAAGACAGGAGAAAAGGCAUUCAUAGCAAGGGACUCUUUGAUCUAGCAAAGACUUCUAGGCAUUGCCUUUAUUUCGAUACAGUAAUUACAUUGAUUGAUGUUUAAAUGUUAAGUCUACAUUGCACUGUACUUCCAUGACAAUCAUUCUGAGAAGACAAAAGCCAUGGGAUCAGUGUUUCUUCUGUUAUUUGGCACUUAGAAUCAGUAAUUUUGCACUAAAAUAUAAACCCCAUGAAUAUAGGCACUGUUAUGUAUUGCUUUUGUAUCCCUAAUGACUGAAACAGUGUCUGACAUAGAUUGGGUGCUCAAUGAAUGGUUAUUGAAUGAAUGAAUGACUAAAAUAUAAACUAAAAUUACUGGUUGGCUCCAUGAAGAAAGACUUUCAGAUAUUUUCCAUCCAUAGUGAGGCAAUCAAGGGCUGAUCAUGUGACUCAUUAUUAAUCUUAUUUUGUAUCCAUAUUUAAGAUUUUUAAAUAGAUGUUUAAUAGAAGUAAAUAGCAAAAUAAAUUCAUCAUCACUAGCUAAAUAUUGACAUACAUUAUACAUUUUAAGCUGUAGGGUACAAUUAAGUAAUCUGUGAAUUUAAAACAUGUCCAGGUUAGAAUUUCAUUGAAAACAUAAUAGGUGAAUAUAUACUUUAAAUUUUAAAAAAAUGAAUAUCUGGUCUUUCAGUUUAAUCCUCUACUGGUUUAUUGACUGUUAAACAAAGUUGCCAAUUUAUAACCUCAAAGGAAAACAAAGUGACCACAAUUAUGUACUGAUAAGUAGAUCUCUAGGAAAGAAAUCAGAGAUUCCCUAAGCAAAGCAUCCAUUGGCCCUAUGGAAAUUCUCUUUAAAACAGCAUAAAGCAUGUUAUUAGCCUUUUGGUCACUAGAGGGUGGUGUUGUUUCAGACCAACACAAUUCACACUAUAUCCGUAGUAACUGACCAGAAAGUACCAACCAGAAUCCAACUGCCAGCUUCACACUGUUACUCCACAAAACCUCACAGUCACUGGUUUACAAGGUGAAUAGCCAAAGGCAGACAAUAUAGGAUGAAGCAAAAUGCUGAAAGAAGAGAAAUGUUACCCAAAUUAUCUGAAAUGCAACACAUUUUGUUCAUUGGCAUAGAGGUUAGUGAGAGGCUAACAAUUCUUUACUAAUACAUGCCCCGACGCUUACCAUGCUUAUCAAGUCCAAUUGGCUACAGCAAGCACUUCAGUGGGAGAAGUAAAAGUUUCAAAGAAGUCAAAUAUUUGUGAAUAAAAAUGAGAAUAGUUUUUGAUGUAACUGGAAAAAGAUAAGCCUUGCUUCCUUUGCUGUGUGAAUGGUGAUAUGGUCUUAAAUUUUAAAUAUUGAAUUACACUAGAAUUUUACUAACUGUAGAUGGUAUAAACUUGAUAGCCACUUUCAUCCAAAUGCUUUGGAUAAAGCUUUGUCUAAGAAUAACCUCAAAUAUUAUUUUAUUUUCAAAUGAUAUUAGGCUAGAAAAAUACUAUCCCAAAUACAGGUUGGAGAUUAAUUCAAAAUAAUAAGACAAAAGUUUACGGAAGAUUUUAGAAUCAAACCAUUUCACCCUUCCUAGCUGUUGUUCCCAUUGUAAACGUGACAUUUUAGUCAGUAAAACGCAAAAGUGCAAAACAUUUUUAAAUGACAGCAAAACACAAAAUGAAAUUCAUGUUGUGAUUAAUGCAUCUUAUUAAAAUGGAGUUUAAGUUGCAUUCUUGCUUUUCCUUCUUUAAAAAACAUAUAAUGUUAUAGUGAUAUUUUUUCAAACUCUCAUACAGAAUCAAGACAACAGCACAUAAAGAAAGCAUGCAGAGGGACAUAUCCCAUUCUUACCUCUUAACAGUAAUUUAAAAGUUAAGAACACCCAUACAGAACAUCAGCUAAGCUAGGAAAGGCAAAACUGAUUGGGCUUGUUCUGAAAGUCGAUCUGUGUCAAUCAAAAUAAUGGUCUUUAGAGUGCUAUAUGAUUAAGUCUAAUUUCUUAAAUAUGAGGAAAAAUGAACUUUGCAAUUAUUUUUAAAAAUCUUUUCGUCUCUUAGACAGUGUAAAAAGGCAAAAAGCAAAAAACACAAGACUUUCCCAAGAUUAGGGGAAGAUGAUCUCACCGUUAAUAUUCAUCUGCUGAGAGCAGUUAUGGGACCCAUGUCAGGAAUACAUGCUUCAAAUAAGAUGGGACUUGAGAAUUGCUGAGAGACUUCAGGAACAUUCUUUAACUUCAUGGGGCCUCAGUUACCCCACCUUUAAGGGAAAUAAUAAUAGCAAUAGUACCUUGGAGGAUUUCUGUGAUAAAAUGAGAAAAUGCUUGUGAGAAGUACAUAAAAUAUUGGCUUACUGAAAGAUGUUACGAGGCAAGCAAGUAUGCCUAUUUUCAUUCAAUGUUUAUUAUUUCAAAGGCAAAGUUUCCAUAUAGAUUAAGGCCUUCAUAACAUCUAAAUACCUUUUCUAGUUCUUAUUGUAUGAAGAUAAGAAGGAUGGUUGGAGGCUUUGUAAGGAAUACCUUUCUCUUCUGCUCCCCUCUCACUCCCAUAGGCUGGGAGCAGUUGAUUUCACUACCUCAGAUAUGCAAAUUGAUGCCACCUUCCUGUAGCCACUUUUGCCAUAGCUGACCUUUUUGUUGGGUGGUGGGGAGGGGAACGGGCAGGAUUAGGCGAGGGGUAGUAGUUGGGAUUUCUUGGUCUUGGAAUUCAACCAUCCGAUGUAUUUGUUUCCCUGUGUCUAUUCCCUUAAGUCUACAGGCACUGUCUAGUAAUUUUAUAGUUUUCAGCGGCACCCCAGGGGACAGGACACCUUGGCCUUUUUAUAAUCACUCUAGAGUCACAAAGCAGAAAGGAAAAAAGUUAACGAUCAGCUAUGCAAAGGCUUGUGUGGACUGCUUAAGGACAGGCGAUUUUCACUUUACCAGAGUUACUAAAGGACUUCAGGAGAAGGAUCCCGUCCCUGUAGGAGCGUUUGUGGUUGAAGAAGCAGGAGGACGAGCGCUCAGGUGCGCCUCGGCAGUUUGCCUGGGGUCCGCAAGUCCAGUGCUACUUAUUAGCUGCUUGCGGUCCACCGACACUUUAGCGGAGAACUGGAGGAGGCCCCCAGUGGGCUCCCGGUCCGGCCAGGAGCAGGGCGUUUCAGAGGAGCCCGUCUGGGACUUCCCAACCCAGGCGAUCAGGAUAGGCAACAGCCAAGAGAGGCGCUCAGUUGCUUUGCACCCUCCUCCCACCUCGGUUCUGUCCACACCCACGGGCGCCCCGCCCCCUCGGCCUUAUAAAGGGGACUCGGCACCUCCGCGCGCCUCGCCACCAGAGGUUUCCCAGAGAGGAAGGCGUGGCUCCCUCCCGGGCCAGUGAGCCCUGGCGCCGCCGCGGCCGCGGUCCCAGCAGCGGAGUAGGGCGGCGGCUGCGCCCCGCACCAUGGGGGGCAGCCCAGCCCCAGCCGCGGUAGACGCCGACCUCCGCCGCCGCCCGCGCCGCGUCUGCCCCCUCCCGCUGCGGCUCUCUGGACGCCAUCCCCUCCUCACCUCGAAGCCAACAUGAAGGAGACCCGGGGCUACGGAGGGGAUGCCCCCUUCUGCACCCGCCUCAACCACUCCUACACAGGCAUGUGGGCGCCCGAGCGUUCCGCCGAGGCGCGGGGCAACCUCACGCGCCCUCCAGGGUCUGGCGAGGAUUGCGGAUCGGUGUCCGUGGCCUUCCCGAUCACCAUGCUGCUCACUGGUUUCGUGGGCAACGCACUGGCCAUGCUGCUCGUGUCGCGCAGCUACCGGCGCCGGGAGAGCAAGCGCAAGAAGUCCUUCCUGCUGUGCAUCGGCUGGCUGGCGCUCACCGACCUGGUCGGGCAGCUUCUCACCACCCCGGUCGUCAUCGUCGUGUACCUGUCCAAGCAGCGUUGGGAGCACAUCGACCCGUCGGGGCGGCUCUGCACCUUUUUCGGGCUGACCAUGACUGUUUUCGGGCUCUCCUCGUUGUUCAUCGCCAGCGCCAUGGCCGUCGAGCGGGCGCUGGCCAUCAGGGCGCCGCACUGGUAUGCGAGCCACAUGAAGACGCGUGCCACCCGCGCUGUGCUGCUCGGCGUGUGGCUGGCCGUGCUCGCCUUCGCCCUGCUGCCGGUGCUGGGCGUGGGCCAGUACACCGUCCAGUGGCCCGGGACGUGGUGCUUCAUCAGCACCGGGCGAGGGGGCAACGGGACUAGCUCUUCGCAUAACUGGGGCAACCUUUUCUUCGCCUCUGCCUUUGCCUUCCUGGGGCUCUUGGCGCUGACAGUCACCUUUUCCUGCAACCUGGCCACCAUUAAGGCCCUGGUGUCCCGCUGCCGGGCCAAGGCCACGGCAUCUCAGUCCAGUGCCCAGUGGGGCCGCAUCACGACCGAGACGGCCAUUCAGCUCAUGGGGAUCAUGUGCGUGCUGUCGGUCUGCUGGUCUCCGCUACUGAUAAUGAUGUUGAAAAUGAUCUUCAAUCAGACAUCAGUUGAGCACUGCAAGACACACACGGAGAAGCAGAAAGAAUGCAACUUCUUCUUAAUAGCUGUUCGCCUGGCUUCACUGAACCAGAUCUUGGAUCCUUGGGUUUACCUGCUGUUAAGAAAGAUCCUUCUUCGAAAGUUUUGCCAGAUCAGGUACCACACAAACAACUAUGCAUCCAGCUCCACCUCCUUACCCCGCCAGUGUUCCUCAACCUUGAUGUGGAGCGACCAUUUGGAAAGAUGAGAAAAAGAAGACUCAGAGAGCAAGAGGAAUUUUGGGGAAAUUAAAACCUGCCUUUCUGCCAGGAUCACAUCACUGGAAGCUCCAUGACUCUCUUUUUGUAAAAGAAAAAAAAAUCACAGAAACACCCACCUCCCAACCUAUUCUCUUUUACUUCUUCCCCCAAGUCCACCCCCAAAUAUAACUGUUAUCCAGAAGCUGUUAUGUCCUGUUUCCAUACAUGUUUUUGUACUUUUACUAUAUCUACAUACAUCAAUUAAACUUAUGUCCUAUUGUUUUGUGAAUUUAUAUUUGCGUAUACAUUUUCAUAUGUAAAAUUUGCAUUUUUUUAUUGAAAAUUAUGUUUCUUGAGAUUUAUCCACAUUGAAACAUGGAGCUCUAAAUCGUUAAUUUUAACUGCUAUAGAGUAUUCCAUAAUUUGAAUAAGGCAUAAUUUGUUUGUACAAUCUCCCGCCAAGGGAAAAUUAUUUCCACACUCAUCAUGACAAGGAGCACUGCAAAAAUAAAAAUAAAAAUUACAUUCAUACAUGUUUGCCUGCACCCAUCUGCCUGAUUUUCUCUAAAAUAAAUAUCUAGGAGUGAAAGUGCCAGGUCAAAGAGCAUGUGCAUCUUCUUAUGCCCACAUAUAUGAGAGUUUUCCCCAAGUAUAUCUACAUCAACAUCUAUGAUGUUUUAAUUUUCUACAUCCUUCUCUGUAUUCAUUUGUUUUCAUGCUGCUAUGAAGAAAUACCCAAAACUGGGUAGUUUAUAAAGACAAGAAGAUUAAUUGGCUCACAGUUCUGCAUGGCUGGGAAGGUUUCAUAAAACUUACAAUCAUGGUGGAAGGGGAAGGAAACACGUCCUUCUGCACAUGGUGGCAGGAGAGAGAAAUGCCAAGCAAAAGGAGGAAAAGCCCCUUAUAAAACCAUCAGAUCUUGUGAGAAUGAACUCACCAUCAUGAGAAGAUCAUGAGUGUAACUGCCCCCAUGAUUAAAUUACCUCCCACCAAGUCCUCCUAUGAUAAAUAGGAAUUAUGGGAACUAAAAUUAAAGGUGAGAUUUGGGUGGGGACACAGAGCCAAACCAUAUCAUUGUCAAUGUGAAAUAGUACUUUAUUGUUACUCUAUUAUAUAUUUUAUUGAAUGAAAUGUGAGGUUGAGAACUUUUACAAGCCCUAUUAAUCAUUUUGUCUUCUUUUUCUGUGUAUGGUCUGUUUAUAACAUUGAUAAUCUCUUGGGUUUUGUGUCAAUUUCUUAAUGAUUUGUAAGGGUUUAAAAAUAUAUUCUAGAUAAUGAUUCUUCUUGAUAUUUAUUAAAUACAAUGUGUUCUCAUAAAAUCAUCUAUGAACUCUUCCUCCCAUCCCCCUCUCCAUUCCCUUUCCUCUGCCUUCGUCUCUAUCUCUACAUCUACCUCUACCUCUAGCUCUAUUUCUAGUUAUAGCUCUAGCUCUAUCCCUAUCCCUAUCCCUAACCCUAUCUCUACCUCUAGCUCCACCUCUACCUCUACCUCUAUGUCUAGCUCUAUCCCUACCUCCACCUCUAGUACUGAUACCAGCUCUAGCUCUACUUCUGUCUCUACCUCUACUUCAUCUCUAUCUCUAGCUCUACCUCUAGUUCUACCUCUAGCUCUAGCUAUACUUAUAUCUCCACCUCAUCUCUAUCUCUAGCUCUAGUUCUAGCUCUACCUCUACAUCUAGCUCUAGCUCUACCUAUCUCUAUCUCUAUCUCGAUCUCUAUAUCUAUCUCAAUCUCUAUCUCUAUUUCCAUAACGCUUUCUCUCCCUACAGUUCAGAUUUUGUUCUUGGAAACAGCCUGGGAAACAGGCAGUUUACUAUACUUUCCAUUUUCCCAAAUCUCCAUCUCUAACCACACCUCACCCCUGCUACCACCACACAGAUUUCUUCAUGGAACAUCCCUUGUUUGUGAAGCAUUGACACUUAUGCAAAAAGGUAUUAAAAGUAAGUGUCUGGCGGGGCACGGUGGCUCACGCCUGUAAUUCCAAGCACUUUGGGAUAUGGAUCACAAGGUCAGGAGAUCAAGACCAUGCUGGCUAACACCGUGAAACCCUCUCUCUACUAAAAAUACAAAAAAUUAGCCAGGCGCGGUGGCAAGCACCUAUAGUCCCAGCUACUCGGGAGGCUGAGGCAGGAGAAUCGCUUGAACCCGGGAGGCGGAGGUUGCAGUGAGCCAUGAUCGCACCACUGCACUCCAGCCUGGAUGACAGAGCAAGAGUCCAACUCAAAAAAAAAAAAAAUAGUAAAGGUUUCCUGCCUUUAUGGACAACCUGUUUGUCAAAUAUGAUCACAUUCCAUAAAUUAGUUUUAACUUCAACUGGGGUUUCCCUCCUUUCAGCAUGCAUAUUAUCUCUUCCCUUCCUCUGGACCUUUCCUAUCCAUGUCUUUACUAGGAUUAUUACAUGUCUGGUGAGUGCUGUAAACAAAAUGUUAUGUGUGCAAUUAAUGCUAAUUUGGAUGAUAGGAAACAGAAAUAUUAAUUCUAAUUACUUUUCAAACAUAGCUCAUGCAUUAAUAAGAGAAUCUGAUGUCACUGCAAGACGAUUUGGUUGAGAUGAUAAUGCUAAUUUAUUGAAAUGGGUGGGUGUCAUAAUCAGUUUGAAAAAAAAGAGAAACAUUUCUAAGACAUACCAGAUCAUAUUAAUACAUCACCGCCACACACAAAAUUGGUGUUAACAUACAAAUUCCUCUGGACGUUUAAGAAGCAAUGCCUCCUUAAAUAUUGAGAUCUAGUGAAUGCACUUUUCAAAUUGUAAUAUAUAGGUCAGAGGGUUUUUUGUUUGUUUUGUUUUCCUAUCUUUCGAUUUGGCUUUUCUCUUCACAUAGACUAGAGAAAUAAAGGCACAUGCAAAUGCAUAGAUUUAUUUAUUUAGAUUUCAAUUGAAAUUUUUCGUUAUGUUUAUUAUUUUUAAACACAGGCAUCUGCUUGGCUUCAUGUGCAAAGCCCUGAAUUUCAUUCUCUUCUUACUGAAGUUCUUGAAAUGAAAGUAAUACUUUAAUAUUUGAUAAUAAUAGCCCAAGAAGGAUGGUAACAUCCAAUUGUAAGUAUUACAUAUCGAAGAAUAAAUUUUUUACAGGAAAAUGCAUUAUAUUAAGAAUCAUAGAAGUUUUUACUCAUAAUAACAAAUAUGGAAGAAAAAAUAGCUUGCAAUAAACAUACCCAGUCCAUAUUUGUAUCCAACAUAUAUUUUUUCUCUAAAGCAGAAUUACAAUAUAAAAACAAAAUUUAGAUUCCAAAUGGUAUGUCAUAUUAGAGAGAAAAAAUAGUGCAAAUGAACAGUUUAAAACUGUCCAAAAAUAUGAGUAAUUUUAUUUGAAAAAUGACAAGCAUUCUUCAGAGUUCUGGGCCACCCAAUUAUUUCAAUAAGACAAAUUGUCUUGGAGAAUGGCUCAUAAACUCUGAGCCAUUCAUUAGUUUAUUUUUGUAUCAUCAGGGAGUUAGCUUGGGAAACUGGCAAAAUCCUAUCUGGCUUGAAAAGUAAAUGCCCUUGGAUUAGGGUUCUGUGCAACAAAAAAUGCAAAAGACUAAUAAUUUUACUUAAAAAUUUUAUGAUUAUUAAUUUUCAUUCUGUCAGCCUACAUCACAAUUAAAAGAAAUAAAUCAUUUUGGUGGUUUGUGCCUGAUUUUUCCCAAGUUUCUUUGUUUGUUUGCUUGUUUUAAUAUUAAGUAUAUUUCUAUUAGCUGGCAACAGCUGUUAUUUGGGUGCCUUAGCUGACUGCUCCCAGAAUACCCAUAGCUUCAGUGUGUACUCUUUACUACAAAUUCUUAAUGUCUGGAUUACUAAAUAAUUAAAACCAUUCUUGCACAUGUCCAAUAUAAGAGGGAGUAGAUAAACUUCUUGCUUCAUACCUUUUUCUACAAGCUUUUAUUUUCAGGUAAAAUUGAUUCUUAUUUGCUUUUAAUUUACCAGCCACAACCUUAAUAUCAUUUAACUAGCUAGUUAAUAAAGCCUUGUAAUUAAAGCUUCGUAUUAAAUCUUUGUAUACACAAUGAUUUAUCUGGGA